AUGUAUUUCAUGUUCGUGUCGGGUGUGAAGAUGGAUCUUUUAAUGAUAAAAAAAGCGACGAAAAAACAAUGGUAUAUCGGGAUGUUUGGCAUGGUGGUACCCGUACUCGUAACAUGUGGGGUGGCAUACUUGGUGAGAAAUUCUCUGGAGCCCGAAAUGAAAAAACUUUCUUCCAUUUGGGGAGUGAGUGCGGCCCUAGCUAUCACAUCAUUCCCCGUUCUCCACCCGAUUAUUCGCGAACUCAACCUUUUGAGCUCGGAUAUUGGACGGAUGGCCUUAGCCACCGCAGUUAUUGGUGAUAUCGUAGGAAUGUAUGGGGUCAUCGCGUUUGAGGCGGCUAAACAAGGCGAAUUUCGCCUUAUGGCUGCCGUAGGAUAUAUACUCUCUUUGAUAGUGUUUUUUAUAGCCAUCUUUGGUGGAAGUAGAAUGUUAAUGUUUUGGAUAAUAAAAAUGACCCCAGAAGGCAAACCUGUUGAGCAAUUUUACAUAGUUGCAAUAUUGGCUGGUGUACUUGUGUGGGGGUUCAUGAGUGAUUUUUUCGGCAUAGCAUUAGCUAAUGGUCCAAUGUGGUUCGGUCUAGCGAUCCCUGAUGGUCCACCUUUAGGAGCCACUUUGGUGCACAAGUGCGAGACGUUUAUCUCCGACAUUCUUAUGCCAUUCGCGUAUAUAAAUAUGGGUUUGAUGACGGAUGUGUUCGCGAUGGGAGCCGUAUGGCCGACAUUACAACCGUUGUUUCUCAUAAUCUUAACGGGUUAUUUGAGUAAAUUUGUGUCAACAUUGUUUAUGACUCGGUUCUUUGAGAUGCCAAUAAGAGAAGGAGUCACAUUGAGUUUGAUCAUGAGCUUGAGAGGUCAAGUGGAGUUCUUAUUGUUUAUACACUGGUUGGACUUCCAGAUGAUCGGUAUUCCACAGUUUACGAUGUUCGUACUUUUCUCGACGCUGUUGACGAGCAUAGCCACGCCCAUGAUCAGCAUGUUCUACAAUCCGAACCGACCAUACAUGAUUAACAAGCGGCGAAACAUUCAACACACCCCGCCCAACACGGAACUAAACUUGUUGGUAUGCUUUAUGGAAGAGGAUAGUGUUCCUGGCAUUCUACACCUUUUAGAAGUGUUUAAUCCCACACUACAUAGUCCUUUUUUGAUCCACUCACUUCAUCUUGUCGAGCUCGUGGGCCGAGCCGCCCCGGUUUUCAUUGACCAUGCCGAGGAGGACAACCGCGACAAGAGCAACAUGGACGAAGAAACGGGGACUAUACAUAAAUCUUUUCAAGGUAUACAAGAAGCUAGGAGAGAUGUUGUUAAGAUCCACUCAUUUACCUCGGUUGCACCAAAAAGAAGUAUGUACCAAGAUGUUUGUGAGUUGGCUUUGAAUAGAAAGUCAUGUUUGAUAAUAUUGCCUUAUAAUGUGUCUCCAAUGGCAAGCAUGGCUGGGAGUGACAUGGUUCAAAACAAUGUGAAAUCACUAAACUACACGGUGCUCGAGCACUCGCCGUGCUCGGUGGCGAUUCUUGUUGACAAAGGCGAGUUUAGGCCACCCACGAAUAACGUAAGAAUGUCGGUAGCGGGUAUUAGAUACCAUUUCGCGAUGCUUUUCCUAGGUGGGGCGGAUGCAAGGGAAGCGUUGGCGUGCGCGGAUAGAAUGGCGGGGAAUCCGAAUGUUUCGCUUACGGUCAUACGCUUUCUUGCGUUUAACGGUGAAGGGGAAAACGACAUGGAAAAGAAGUUGGAUGAUGGGUUGGUGACCUCGUUUUGGGUGAAAUACGAGGGGAAUGAACAAGUGGCGUAUCGCGAGGUGGUGGUGAGAAAUGGAGAGGAAACCGUGGCGGCUAUUCGAGCGAUGAAUAGCGAGUCUUAUGAUCUUUGGAUUGUGGGGAGAAAGCUUGGCAUUAACCCGAUUUUAAUCGAAGGUUUGUCGAGUUGGAGUGAAAGUCUCGAGCUCGGUGUGAUCGGUGAUUAUGUCGCAUCGGUUGAUCUCGGUAGCUCUGCUUCGGUAUUGGUAGUGCAACAACAAGUUUUACGAGAUAAAGAAGCUAAUUCGGAUGGAUUGCAAGGGCGGAUUACAAGAUAUGUUAAUAGUUUCUUUUAG